AUGUCACAAUUCGGCGCGACCUUCGUUCCCGGAGGGUUCGACGAUUAUUACAUGCCCGAGGUCGUUGCACCUUCGCCUCAGCGUGUGACGCCCCAGGUCCCCCAGAACAUGCAAAACGACCUUCAGCGCAUGGAACUUGAAGCCCGCGAAGUCGAUCCGAACCGGAACCCAUCCAACAUCACCAACCGCCACGGCCGAGAGCCGUCCCUGUCGUCGGUUCUCAAGCCCGCCGUCUCUGGCGCGCCAGCUUUGCCACCGAAGGGAGGCGUCAACGCACCCACCGACGGCGCAUCUUCGUCCGAUCCCUAUAGACCCUUCCACGACGAUAGCGCGAGCGGCAACCACCUUAAGAUGCGGCCCAGCGCGGCGCCCUCCUUCUCGCCCUUCCCCAAGGUCAAGGGCGACAACAUUCCCCCGACGGACGAGGAAAAGGAGGAGAUAUUGUGGAAUGCCCGCGAACAUGUCCUGCACUCUAACAACGUCUCCAUGCAGCUGUCAUGGGCCCGUGACACCUUGGCGUGGGCCGAGGUCAUCAUGGAAGCCAGAGCCAGAGACCCGGACAGCGGCCGCCAGACACCAAAAGUCGAACACGAGUUGCGUACCGACGCUAUCAAUAUCGUCAACUAUCUGGUGAGCCAAGAACACCCCGAGGCCCUCUUCAUAAAGGCCAAAUGGCUCGAGUUUGGCAAAUUCGGCUGCCGCCCGGACAAACGAGAUGCCUACACAAAGUACCAGCGGGCGGCGGAGCUGGGCUACGCCCGUGCAGAGUAUCGCCUGGGCAUGCUGUUCGAGAACUCGAACGAUUACAACAAAGCCGUCGAGCACUACUACCUCGGCGUGCGGCUCAAAGACUCGGCAGCUAUGUACCGUCUGGGCAUGAUGAACCUGCUCGGCCAGCACGGCCAUCCGAAGGACUACCAGCGCGGCCUGGACCUCAUUAGGGAAGCUGCUGACCUUGCGGACGAGGAUGCGCCUCAGGGGUCCUACGUCUACGGCAUGCUCCUUGCCAAGGACCUUCCAGACAUUGACAUCCCCGAGGCCUUGCUUCCCGUGGACUUGGUGUUGGCCAAAAUGUACAUCGAAAAGGCUGCCUACCUCGGAUUCGCCAAAGCCCAGUUAAAGAUCGGCCAGGCCUACGAGCUCUGUCAGCUUGGAUGCGACUUCAACCCCGCUUACUCGAUCCACUACUACGGCCUCGCAGCCCAACAGGGUCAGCCCGAGGCCGCGCUUGGUGUCAGCAGAUGGUUCCUGUUCGGAUACGAGGGCAUAUUCAACAAGAACGAGCAGCUUGCGUUCAAGUAUGCCCAGGACGCCGCCAAUGCAAAGUUGCCGACCGGCGAGUUCGCGAUGGGCUACUACUACGAGAUUGGUGUUCACGUACCCAAGGACUUGCGUCAAGCCAGAUUCUGGUAUGAAGCCGCUGCCGACCACGGCAACAAGGAUGCCAGGGGCCGCAUCGAUGCCUUGGACCACGAGAGGAGUCUGACCAAGGCCGACCACGAGACCACUACGCUCACGAGAAUCAAGUCGCAACACGGGUCUCAGCGCGGCAAGCGACCUGACCGUUUCAAGACGCCGAACGCCAUGCCGACUGUCUCGGAGAGCACCCCUGUCACUCCCACCGAUGUACACCCCGGAUAUCCAGGUGGUUCGGCCAAGACGUCGCCUCAUCCGUCCCCGAGAGUACACCCAUCUCCCGGGCAUGAACCUGUUGAUUAUCCCGAUCCCUCCCGGCCUACUAGUAUGGGCAACAACAGACCAUCGGCAUUCACCGUCAAUCUCGACGGCAACUUGGCUGUUCGUCCCAAGUCGGCCGCCCCUUACCCCGAAGAUGAUAGGCCUGCGCCCCUCAAUCUCAACAGACCCAAGUCGACGGCCCCCUAUCCCGAAGACGACCUCCACGCUCGGGCAUCUGGACCUCAGCUUUCUCCUCACUACAACACCGGCGGCCGUCCCCCAGCCGCCCCCCACUCGGAUCGACCGGGGAGCGCAUUUGGAAUUCGCACCGGACCUGGCGGCCCUCCCCUUCCGGGAUCCGCAGGCAAUAUUCGUCCUUCGCAGUCAAUGGGCAACAUGGUUCCCCCCGCCGGCGCCGAUCCGCGCGGCCGUGUGCCAGUCGGACCUCCUUCCGGAUACCGUCAGCCCAGCCCCGGGCCCGCACCCCGUCCGUCUACGGCACAGCUGUUCCCCGCCUCGGGUGGUCUUCCCUCCAAUCCUGCCGCGAACAAGCUUGCCAAACAGAACCCUUAUGCCAAACCACAACCCUCACCGCCGUUUCAACCGGGCAGCUACGGGCCGGGCGAUUACGGCCAGCCUUCCCCGUUGCCGGCGCAGCCUGGAGGCUAUGGCCAGAGAACAUCGUCUAUCCCCCCCGAGCAGUACGGAGGAUAUGGCAGAGGCGGCGGGGGGCCGGCGCCUUCGCGUGUCGAAUCAAUGCCGCUUAGCCCAUCGGGCCACCCGCGCCCCCAAGCCGGUCCUGGACCGGCUGGUGCGCCUAGGCCUUUCCCCAACCGGCCAGACCUUACCGAUCAAUCCGGUCGUACGGGCAGCGCGCCGCCAUCAUCGCAACCGCGACCACAGCAGCAGCCCAGCCCAGCUCCUAGUGCCCAAUCGGUGCCCGCGAAGAAACCACCGGCAGGCCAAGGACCUGCGACGUUUGAGGCGAUGGGCAUCCCCAAGGGCAAGGACGAGUCGGACUGCAUCGUGAUGUAA